GAAAAGCUUAUUGUAAGAUGAUUGGAUCGGCUCUACGUCAGUGCACAGAAACCUCUCGCGGCGCCCUAACGUCCGCCCGCCCACCGGGCCCGCCGCAUUCGAAAGACGAAAACAAACAAGAAAAAAACAUAAUUUCAAACGUAACGAUUCUAAGUGCAUUAAAGACAAGUUUUCAAAUACAUUCUUCUGUUAGUACCGUGUUUCUAAAUUGGCUCCGUUUAAAUUAAAAUAGACUUUAUUUUGGAAUGUAAAUUCUGACAUUCAACUGGUGUUUUGGGCGUUCAGUGUUGAACUUUCGGUGCAAGCGUACGAAAAUUAAUUGUGGCAUAUUUAGUUCAUAAGUAGUUGCCCUGUCCGGUUUCUGUUAAAUAGAACUCUGUAUUAUUUAAACAUCGUAAAUUUGCUAUCAAGUUUAAUUCUUGUAACAGCUGUGGAAUACGAAAUUCGUAUUGUUUUGAGACUGAAAUAAAAUCGGUGAUUUCAGCUUUCUAAACUAUGUAGGUAUUCAGUUUUUGUUUGCAAGUGUGUGUUCACCAGUUUCACACGGAUUUUACGCUAAUAUAUUUUGGAUGGAGUGAUGCCUCGCCAUGGAUGGUAAUGGCAGCGAGGCGGGGGGGGCGGACGCGAGCGGGACGGCACAUAUCGCGCCUCUGCUCACACUCUACGCCGUGGUCUCGCUGGUCGGGGUCGUUGGUAAUGUAAGCCUAAUGGCGGCGCUGGCAGCGGGCGGCGCGUCGCGCCUGCGCACGCCGCAGCUGCUGAGCGCGUGCGCAGCCGACCUGCUGGUGUGCGCCGCCAGCGCGCCGCUCGCCGCCGCCCGCGCCGCCACGCUCGCGCCGCUCUCGUGCCACGUCGCCGCGUACAUUGAGUCGUUCCCGGUGGCGGCGAGCACGCUGUCGCUGAUGGCCAUCGCGGCGGACCGCUACGGCACCGUGCGGCGCGGGCGCGGCGCCCCGCUGUGCGCCUCGCCCGCGCUCGCCAUCGCCGCCGUCUGGGCGCUCGCGCUCAUGCUGGGCGCAGCGGCAUCGAUAGCGUCCUGCAGCGCGGUGUGCCAGCCGCUGGUGGCGGUCCACGCCGUGCUGACGUACUGCUGCCCGGUGGCGUGCGUGGCGCGCUGCCACUGGGCCGUGCACGCGCAGCUCACGGCGCUGUCGCUCACGGCGCGCGCGGCGCACGGCGAGCUGCCGCUGCCCGUGCCGCUCAUCCGCCGCCCCACGCACGUCAUCAUCGUGGCCGGCGUGGGCCCGCGCGAGCGCCGCGACGCCGUGGACGGCGGCGACGGCCGCUCCAAGAAGCUGCAGCCGAGCCUGCUGGGCCCGCAGCCGACCACGUCCACGCUGCGCUCGCGGCGCCGCCUCGGCCACGUGCUCAUCGGCAUCGCGGCGCUGUUCGGCGCGUGCUGGGCGCCGCACGCCGCGCUGGUGCUGGCGCGCGCGGCCGGGCUGCCCGCGCCCGCGCGCCUGGCGCAGUACGCGCUGCUGCUGGGCCACGCGCACUCGGCGCUCAACGCGCUGGCCUACUGGGCGCUGAACCGGCACGCGCUGGCGGCGGCGUGCUCGUCGUGGCGGCUGCCGCGGCUGCGCGCGCGCGAGGAGCGGCCCUCGUCCACCAACGAGGCGGCGCUGGGCGCGUUCCACCCGCGGUACGCGCGCCCCGCGCCGCCGCCGCGCCCGCCGCCCUCCAGCUUCAUGUAUUGAUGUCCGUCUAUCUUCUUAACUCUGUCGAUCUGUGAUUCCUGUCUCUCAGUGCCUCGUAGUUCUAUGUGUCCGUGGUGGUCGCGGGCGCUGUUCGUUUCGUCGUUAUAAACGUGGUUGUUUGAGAUUUUAUGAAGAAUAAUACCCGUCAUGCAAUAAAGUGUAUAAAACGCU